AUGGAUAUCACUUACAUCAUGGACAGCUCUCGCAGCAUCAGCAGUGAAGAGUUUCAGAGAGCCAAAGACUUUGUAAGCAACAUGGUAGAUCAGUUUGUCGUUUCCUCACAGCCAAAUGAAUCAUAUGGAGGCAUCAGAGUGGCACUGGUGCAGCAGGCUCCCAGGGGCUUCCUGCCUGACAGAAACCAGACCCCUGUGGCCUUGGAGUUUGAUCUAGUCACAUACAGCAAUAAAGAAUUGAUGAAGAAACACAUCCAAGAGUCUGUUCAACAACUGGAAGGGCCAUCAGCCAUUGCUUCUGCUCUACAGUGGACAGUUGAAAACGUAUUCUUUAAAGCUCCCAGACAAAGAAAACACAGGGUCAUAUUUUCAAUAGUUGGAAGCAAGACAAGCACGUGGGACAGAGAGAGGCUGAGAGAGAUUUCACUCGGAGCCAAGUGCCAGGGAUUCACCUUGUUCGUUCUUGCCCUUGGCAGUGAUGUGAGUGGCAAUGAGCUGAUGGAGCUGUCAAGCUCCCCCACAGACCAGCACUUACUGACAUUGGGCAGGGUUUCAGCAGCAGAGAUGGUAUAUGCUCAGAGGUUUAGCCGGACAUUUCUAAAUCUUCUACAACAAGACAUGAACAGCUAUCCUUCACCUGAACUUCAAGAAGAGUGUGAAAACUUAGAUAGAGGAGACACACAACAGCAAGCACCUAUGAUUGAAAGGAUUCCUUUUCCUGGAAUGGCUGAAACUGGUUCCAGUCAUGGUUUAGAAGACAUUGAAAAAACUGAAAGUAGAGUAAUGAAGAGUAUUAAAGAGACCACAACAGAACCUGCGUACACAGUGCCAGAAAUGAGAUAUGAUUAUGAGGAGAAUGAGUAUUUCACAGAGGAAGAUGCUGAAGCAGAAAAGCCACAAAAGUGUGGAGAAGCUCAGGAGGAGAACAAGGAAAAUUUAGGCACAACAGUAGGAACUAGAGCUGCCUGUAAUAAUUAUGAUGCGUGUGACCUUGCUCAAGACAGUGGAGAAUGUCAAAAUUAUGUUUUGAAGUGGUACUACGACAAAGAACAGAAAUUGUGUGGUCAGUUCUG